UCCUCCACUCAGUGAUAAUAACAUGGCGCUGGCAGACACAUAACGGUGCCCAUCAUAAUCAUAAUACUACCCGUACGACAGAGCCAAAUAAACGACGGGACAUGUGAGCACUUCGAUCGGAGACACGCAGGUUUGCCAGGGUUUUCCAGCAUGUUUGGGAAGAAGAAGAAACGGCUGGAGAUCUCGGCUCCGUCUAACUUCGAGCACCGGGUCCACACGGGCUUCGAUCCACGGGAGCAGAAGUUCACCGGGCUGCCGCAGCAAUGGCAGAGCCUCCUGGCGGACACUGCCAACCGGCCCAAGCCCAUGGUGGACCCGUCCUACAUCACCCCCAUCCAGCUGGCACCAAUGAAGAUAUCUCCCAAGAAAGUCCGGUCAUCCGAAACGCCGUUGCUAAAAACCAUUGUCCGCGGGAACCGGCCACCCAAGGACGCAUCCAUCAAUGGCCUGCUGGAGGAGUUUGACAACAUCUCAGUGACGCGCUCCAACUCCCUGCGUAAAGAGAGUCCACCAGGCCCCCACCAGGCUGGUAGCAGCUCCAAAUCCCCCAGCAGUGGCCAUCCCAAUGCCCCGGAGGAGAAUGGCUUCAACCACUAUUACUCUCGCUACUCCUGUGAUCUGGACACUUCUAGCAGGGACUUCUCUCUGGAGCCUGUUAAGCCAGGUUUCUCCAUAGAUGGGGACUGGGCCAUGGGCAGGCACUAUCGCUUCCCCAAGCAGAAUGGGCACUCACACUCCAUACGCAGCCCCUUCUAUCCAGACGCCAUGCCCCAGAAAUCAGACUACCCCAAGCUGCCGCCGGACUACCACACCUACCUAGAGAGCAAAGGGCGCUCGGUUGAUGAGGUGGCCUCCACAGUGGGGAGCGGGGUGGGCUCCAGCGGCUACUACCGGGCGUCAGUGGGUGGCUCAUCCAGCCAGGACUACCGGGACACGUCAGUGGGCACGCCGUCUCGUGCCUCGCUCCACAGCGAGCAGAUAAACUACCCAGACAGCGAGUGGAGCUAUGGCGGCCUGCGGGAUGACUAUGAAAAGCGACCCAAGAGUUCCUAUGUUACUCAGACCAGUCCCACGCCGGCUAUCCGGCAGCGAUCUCGGUCAGGCUCCGGGCUACAGGAGCCCAAUAUACCUUACGGUGCCAGUGGGGCUUUCAAGAACCCUCCUCAGGCUCACCCAUACAGCUCUUAUACCUACCCCCGCCUCUCAGAGAGCCUCACCAACUCACAGACCAUAGCCAAGGGCGACUACGAGCGUCCGUCGCAGGACGGCAGUCCCCAGGUUCCGGGUGGUGACACCUACCCCCGAGGGCCUCUCAAGCUACCUCAGAGCCACACCAAGCCGCCUGGCUACCCCCCGGCACACCUGCCCUACCCCCCUGUCUUCCACCAUUACAAACCUUCACCCUACCACCACCCCCCCUCCCAGCCCAGCCCUCCGUACACUCCACAGGGGGCCUACUCGCAGCCCUCAUCGCCCUACAUCCCCCCGGGGGCCUACCCUCCUCCCUCAUGGGGCUCCAGCUCUGACACUCAGCCCUCCAGGGUUUCCCAUGAGCAGUUCAGAGCCGCACUACAACUGGUGGUCAACCCAGGCGACCCUCGGGAAUACCUUGACAGCUUUAUUAAGAUCGGCGAGGGCUCCACGGGCAUCGUGUGCAUCGCCAGCGAGAAACACAGCGGCAAGCAGGUGGCGGUGAAGAAGAUGGACCUCAGGAAACAGCAGAGGAGAGAGCUGCUCUUUAAUGAGGUGGUGAUCAUGCGGGACUACCACCAUGAGAACGUGGUGGACAUGUAUAACAGCUAUCUGGUGGGAGACGAACUGUGGGUCGUCAUGGAGUUCCUCGAGGGCGGGGCGCUCACCGACAUUGUCACUCACACCAGGAUGAAUGAGGAGCAGAUUGCUACAGUGUGUGUGUCAGUGCUGAGGGCGCUGUCCUACCUCCACACACAGGGUGUCAUUCACCGCGACAUUAAGAGUGACUCCAUUCUCCUCACCAGUGAUGGCAGGAUUAAACUGUCAGACUUUGGCUUCUGUGCCCAAGUUUCCAAAGAGGUGCCCAAGAGAAAGUCCCUUGUCGGCACACCCUACUGGAUGGCACCAGAGGUCAUCUCUAGACUACCUUAUGGGACUGAGGUGGACAUCUGGUCUUUAGGCAUCAUGGUCAUUGAGAUGGUGGAUGGGGAGCCCCCUUACUUCAACGAGCCACCUCUGCAGGCCAUGAGGAGGAUACGAGACAACCUGCCCCCACGGCUAAAAGAGUCUCACAAGGUCUCAUCAGUUCUGAGGGCUUUCCUGGACCUGAUGCUGGUGAGGGAGCCGUCUCAGAGAGCCACAGCCCAGGAAUUACUCCAGCACCCCUUCCUCAAGCUGUCGGGCCCCCCCUCCUGCAUCGUCCCCCUUAUGAGGCACUAUCGCCACCGCUGAGCUGGCCUAACUUGACUAGCCCCUGCCCUUCCCCUCCCAACCAACCUCCCCCACCCUCACCCCGAACACACACAAACCCACGCUCCCAGGGCGGUGAUGCCCCCUCACCCAGCCAAAAACACCCACCGCUUGGUGGCGCGCCACUAGAGUAACACUCACACCUGUAACCGUGACGUAGAUUAGCUAGAGGAAUAUCUAAGAAAAAAAAAAAAAACAUAACAAGACAGAGAAAAUAAGAAAAAAAAUCAUCUGCUAUUUUGAAGCUACAGUAUGAACCAGAGUAGAAGAGUGUACCGUGCCAGAGGAACUCACUAGACUGUUAGGUGUCCAGUAGAAACACGUGGGCUGGCUCGCCCUGCUGCAGUCUUCUUCUCUUCCUAGACUUUGAGUCUCAACUCCCUGUAGAGUUGUAGUAGCCAUCAACUAGAGCUUGAGUGGGGUGCGGUGAGUGGCUGACAAGAGGAGGGACCCCUGGGACUGGCGCUUUGCCCCAGACCAGAGCAGUAGAGAGCAGAACAAUCAGCGGAGAGCGGAGGAGGGAUUGACUGGUAAUGACUGAGUUACUGUAGUGUGGCUGCUGUGUUGUCACUCCAUCUGGAGGACGGGCUGCCGGUCCACCGGUCAGAGGAACCGAGCUCUCUUAUAUCUCACUUCUCUCUUCUCACACACUAACAGUGAAAAUGUAUUUUAGAGAAACUUGUAAGUUUUUCUGUACAGUUUUGAUAAUUUGCAGUAUUUUAUCGUGUCGUAACCAUUGUGAUAUGAGCAGUAUUAAAUAGAAUUCAGAGUUUCUGCAGAGAUCUUUCCUACUGUUUAUAAUCCAUUUUUUGCUUAAAGAUAUAAAAAGAUAUCCCAAAUAAACCAACCUAAACCUAACUGUUACUAAAAAUACUGAAUAUAUUUAUUAUCUUACAUUUGUAGACAGAACUUCCAUUAAAUGUUGGAAAAAAAGGGUAAUGUGAGAAUUUUGUAUGAUGUUUUAAAGUAUUUAUUUAUUUUUUGGAAUUGAAGGUUUAUUUUUUGGUAGUGUGGCCUUUUUUUUGGUUUUGUUUUGGUUUUGUUUUACAUUUCUAAAUGCGCAUCGGCAGACAGUGAUAUCGGUUGUUAUAUCAUUCAAGCAAUACCCCAGACCUAUUUAUUAAACCAUGUCCUGUAUUUAUGAUACUGUAAUUACACCACAUGUUUAAAUGUAGCACAGACUGAGUGGAUCUGACAAAAAAAAAAAAAAAAAAAAAAGAAGAAUCACCAUUUCUACUACACAGAC